AUGGCCUCUCCAACGCCAUUAGUGAAACGAACCCUCUCUGGGGAAGGACCCCCAGAAGAUGAACCGUUAAGCUCGCCGCCAAAAAGGCGCCGGGUAAACUCCGUUGAUAAAAUGCCCAUCGCGACAACUGUCGCGCCUGAAGGCUCCAAAGACCUGAUACCCCAAACGACUGCCGAAACAGAAGCCUCGAUCGAACAUGCCUCCAACUUGAGAAGUGCAUUCGGAGAUGAUAAUUUGCCAAUAGAAUGCAACUGUCCACCAUUGCGCGGCCGAUCCAACUAUCGCGUCUGGCGCCACAAAAUGAGGCUUAUUCUAAGCCGUAAUCAGCUUUUAGAUUUGGUUGAGGGCAAGAUCGGUCAACUUCCCCAAUCGCAUUACUUGGGAAGCCAAUUAGACAGCCUGAACGAGGCAGCGGAGAAAAUCAUUAAAACACACCUGUCUGCCACUACCAGGCCGAUUGUUCGCAACAUUCAAAAUGCACAGAAGAUAUGGGAGAAGCUAGAAAAACACUGCAAGCCUGCUGAUUGGAGCUUGGUGCGAUCUGGGUGGCUUGAGUUGCAGAAUAUCAAAUACAGCCAAUGUUAUGACGUCUCGGAGUAUGUGCAUAAGGUGGAUGAUGCAUGGAGAUGUAUCUGCCUUGACCAGGAGGACCUUCUUGAGAAACACGAAUUCGCUCGUUGUGCUAGCCUCGUGUGCUCUUUGGAUACACCCAAGUGGGAAACUUGGAAAAUAGGUUUUCUCUCUGGUCGCAAUAUGAAUACGCCAAGCUGGGCAAGCCUGGUGGAGAACUUGACGUCAGCUGAGGACAAGGAAAUUGUGUCUGAUUUAAUUGGCAUUGCAAUCUGA